AUGGCGCUCCAAAGCACCAGAGGCAGGACCAAAUCAUUGGUCCUGGCUCUUCAGCCGCCAGCGGCCACGGAGUUGCGGCCACCGAAUCGAGAACUGGGCGUGGCCAACACCAGGGAAGUCCUGAGAAAGUUGCGCAAAGAAGAGAGCCUCUUCACUGAGCUCACCAUGUCAGAGAUGGAGGAAUUAGCCGACUUGUGCUCGCCACUCUCCUUUCAGCGAGGGGAGGUGAUUUUCUCCCGCGGCGAGCCCUGCACGUGGCUGGGUCUGCUCCUGGCGGGCCGCUGCCAGGCAUUUUUGCCGAAUGGGAAGAAUGAGCUUCGCAUGGGAGAGCACUUGCCAGGAGAAAUGCUGGGCCUGGCACGCGUGGCCCUCUGGGAACGAAGCCAUGCACGGGCCUACACCUUGCGGGCCAUAGAGGACGGCUGCAUCGCAGUUCUAAGUUACGAUCAGCUGGAAGGCAUUCGCCGUUCGCGUCCCGCUUUUCACCACAACUUGCUACGGGCCCUGCUGCUACAACUGGCAGAUGCCUGCGGCUGCUUCUUCCGUGGCUGCCCCGUGUCCAACCGGCCCAAGUGGAGCCUCGGAGAAUUUUCCGAGCCCAGGAUCUUGGACUUCCUGCUGAAACUGCGGGAGGAGGGCCGCUUGUUGGCCAAUGCGGACUACAACUGUUUGUUGACAUUGGCAUGCCGCUUGCGCAUCACCCAAUGGCAAGCCCGAAGCAACGUCAUUUCAAAAGGAGAGGCGUUGAGUGGAGCUUUGAUCCUCUUCGAGGGGAAGAUGACGGGCUUCCGGGAUGCGGGUGGAUCGCCUUCAGUAUUCUUCAAUCCUGGAGAUUGCAUUGGGCUGGAGUACCUCUUGGGCGGCGUCCAGGCGAGUGCCUUGGACGUCUUCGCGGCACGCCCGAGCCUGGCGGCGCUGCUGCGCAACGACGACCUGCAGGACAUCCGCCGUGAAAAUCCUGCUAUAGCCACACAGAUCUUGCAAGCUUUGCACGGAAAGUUCUUCAUGGAGCUGGCAGCACCGCAUCCAGAGUCCUUGCUCCUCAUGGCAGAGGCCACGGCGCGGCUGCGCUUCGCCCCGGCGCAGCACCCGGGGGCGCUGGCGCCGCUGCGCUUCGUGGGGCAGCUGCCGCCGGAGGAAGCGAAGCAGGCGCUGCAGCUGGCGGAGAGCACCGCACCGGUGCCGCCGGGGGAACCCAGCGUCAGGGGCAUGGCAUGGAUAGGGAACAUCAUUGACACUAUAUUAGUGGGUUUAUAUGGGAUUAUUAUUGUGUAUAUUUAUGAGAACUAUAUGCAGGUUUAUAUGGGAUUACUGAUGGGCUUUAAUAGAAACAAUGUCAGAUAUGGGUUUACUAUGGUUUACUCGUAA